CGGUAUGGACGAGGACGCAGCUCGCCCGAUGGACGAGCGACCGGUUCUGGCCCUGCCGGCGGCCGGGCGGGCCGUGGCGUGGGUGGUGGGCCAGCGCCGGCCAGACUGGGGGUGGGCCACCGACACGGCCCACACCGUCCUGGCCCUCAGACUAGCCAACGCUACCUGGUUCGCUCCAGACAACCUGGAGGCUCAGCUGGUCACCAAGCAACUGGAACUGGAACUGGUCCUUAGGCUGUGGAAGCACCGGGAGCUGCCUCUGACCACAGGUCAUCUUGCAGUCAACGUAAUGGCGUUGGUGGCACUGUGCCGGGACCCAAGAGCUUUCUACUCCAAGGACCUCGUUGCCAUGUUGGGCCACCAGGAGGGCGAAGUGGACUUCGAAGUGGCCUUCGCGCAGCUGGCCACCUGCACCGCGGGCCACCACGUCCGCAAGUCCCGAGUUCGACGCCUCGUUGACAUGACUACUGACCAAAGCAAGAUACACUCCAUCGACACACUGUCGGUGGUGAUCUUGGCCCUCCACUGCGCGCAGCACCAGAGGCGCCACGACCUCCAGCACUACAUCGUCCAGGCCUUACACAGCCUCCUCCGUCACCAGGCCCAAGACGGCUCCUUCAACGACAACCUCCACUCCACUGCUCUGGCCCUCCAGGCGAUGAUGUCCAGCCAGCUGGCAGGGACAUGGAACGCAACGCGGGCGCAGGAGUAUGUUCUCUCUCACCAGCUUCCUGAUGGGUCCUUCGGCGGCCUCUUCGACACCAACGCCGUCUUGCCGCUGCUGGGCGGACGCACUCUACUUGACGUCGCUCUCAGGAAGUGUCCGAGGGUCGCCCACGACACCAUCGACGAUGAAGACGCUCCAGUGGACGAGUUUGUGGUGCCGAGUGAGCCGCCAGCCGUACCCUCUGACCUGCCCCCGCGACCUGACCUCUCCAACACCACCAUUAAGGAGAUGGUGAAGGUGACAUACAUCAUCUGGAAGGGGAACAACGCCACCAUCAAUUACAACCUCACCUUCACUGUCCCGGUCAACACCACCUUCCUCACUAUCAUGAAGAUGGCCGCCGAGCAGGACGAGCGCUUUACGUUCUCGGCGUCGCACUGGGGUCAUGGUCUCUACAUCCACACACUGGCCGGCGCCAAGGAGGAGAAGCUGGGUUACUGGUUCUGGCUUUUCUACCGCAUGAAGGAGCCGCCCGUCCCUGGCACCAAGCCUGAUAACAAGUUCGUCGUGGGCACAGGUGUUCAGGAGACGAUCGUUGGCGACGGGGACUACAUGUUGUUCUGGUACCAUCAGAUAUAGCUCUACACACUCCUCCAACCUCGCCCUCUGGCCUCCAUGAUGUCUCUCUCUUCCUUCUAAACUCGCCCUCUGGCCUCCAAGAUGUCUCUCUCUUCCUUCUAAACUCGCCCUCUGGCCUCCAUGAUGUCUCUCUCUUCCUUCUAAACUCGCCCUCUGGCCUCCAAGAUGUCUCUCUUCCUUCUAAACUCGCCCUCUGGCCUCCAAGAUGUCUCUCUUCCUUCUAAACUCGCCCUCUGGCCUCCAUGAUGUCUCUCUACCUUCUAAACUCGCCCUCUGGCCUCCAUGAUGUCUCUCUACCUUCUAAACUCGCCCUCUGGCCUCCAUGAUGUCUCUCUCUACCUUCUAAACUCGCCAUCUGGCCUCCAAGAUGUCUCUCUUCCUUCUAAACUCGCCCUCUGGCCUCCAUGAUGUCUCUCUACCUUCUAAACUCGCCCUCUGGCCUCCAUGAUGUCUCUCUCUACCUUCUAAACUCGCCCUCUGGCCUCCAAGAUGUCUCUCUACCUUCCAAACUCGCCCUCUGGCCUCCAUGAUGUCUCUCUACCUUCCAAACUCGCCCUCUGGCCUCCAAGAUGUCUCUCUACCUUCCAACCUCGCCCUCUAGCCUCCAAGAUGUUUGGCUCCUGACUGUACUUGCAUCAGUUAGCCUUCGACGCACGGGUCCUGCCUUCAAGCUGUCUGCAAGCAUUGAUAAGUUGCUUCCAGCGCCGUUCUCGCCUCGUCUGCAACAUGCUCACCUUCUCCAACACUAUCACAGUUGUCCUCCAUAACCCCGCCAGCAACAUCUACCUUAGUGUGAAGUGAUGAUGAGUGUGACCAGAGAUUCUGUCAAAUAAUAAUGAAACGAACUUAACGUGUGUUAAACCAGCGUCAUUGUUUAGUAACCUAGACGCUCACGCUCUCUGUCUCUGUCUCUCUCUCUCUCUCUCUACCCCCAGUCCAAGCUUAACACGUCUGCCUCCUCCUCCUCCUCCUCCUCCACUCCUGGCCAGCUCCUCCUGACCCCUGUUGUGCCCACAUGUAUAAUGUAUACAUUAAGUAUGUAUAUAGUGUAGAUUGUAUGACUGGUCCUCACCGUCGCGUUAAGCUGAUGUUGUGGCAAGUUAUUGUUCAGCAACAAUAACAACAACACCACCACAAUCACCAACACCACCAGCAACACCCACCACAACACCACAACCACCAACACCACCACCACCAACUACCACAACAGCACAACCACCACCAACACCACCAC